GACCUGCUUUCUAGGCUACCCACUGGGAACGAGUUUCUCUGAACCGCCUAGGGGAAAGUCCCUGGACCCGACGGGCAGCGAGUGCCCACCCGUAAGGGGCGAGUAGCUGUGCAUACAACCCAAUGCUCGCUCGCAAUUGGCGCUAAGACGUCCCCGGACUGAGCGCGCGAGAACGCACCAGCACUUGUCACAGCCAAUAGUUACGCAGGUAAUGUACCGAGCAUGCGUACAUCAACUAGACGGGGCUCAUUCUCAGGAUGCUUCACACUUUUGUCGAGCUGGGACUCAGCCCGGAAGAGCCCGAGCGCAGCGCGCAAGCGCGUCCGUCGAUGGAGUCACGUGCUCAGGGGCGGACCGGAUCGGCGCGCAGGCGCGGAGCCGGUUGGUUGCUUUUGCUAGGAGGAAGGCCGACGGUCUUCUGGCCGCGCUAUGCUCGCCCAGUGCCACAGGCCGCGGGUGUCCGGCUAUGUGGAGGAUUACCUGGAGAGUGUGGAGACGCUGCCCCUCGAACUGCAGCGCAGCGUGUCCCGCCUGAGGGAGAUCGACACCCGCUACUGUGAAGUUUUAAAGGAGCUCGAUGAUGCUUAUGAGAAAUACAAGCAAGAAAUGGACAUCACACAAAGGAAGCGGCUGCUGCAUCACCUCCAAAGAGCAUUAAUUAACAGCCAAGAGUUGGGGGAUGAGAAAAUUCAGAUUGUGACACAAAUGAGUGAGCAAGUUGAGAAUUGCGCGAGACAGAUGGAUAGUCACUCGGAUUGCUUUGAGGACCAAAACGAACACGAUAAGUCUAUAGAGAAGGUUAAAACGGAGAUACCUCAAACAGAAAGGCCUUCCAGAAGACCACGUAGACAGAAAAAUAGUGAAAACCGUGAAUUGUGUCACAUUGGCAAUGAAAUUGAAGAGGGAGAGGAGCAGCCCAAAGAGAAGAAAUCAAAAUCUGCAAAAAAGAAACGCUCUAAAGCUAGACCAGAAAGGGAAGUCUCUCCUAUUGACUUUCCGAUUGAUCCCAAUGAGCCCACCUACUGCCUCUGCAACCAGGUGUCUUACGGUGAAAUGAUAGGAUGUGAUAAUGAAGAAUGUCCAAUUGAAUGGUUUCAUUUUUCUUGUGUAGGAUUAACAUAUAAACCGAAAGGCAAAUGGUACUGUCCAAAAUGCAGAGGUGACACUGAAAAGACUAUGGACAAAUGCAUAGAGAAAUCAAAAAAAGAUAGGAGGUCAAGAUAGUGCUUGCCCCUAAUUUUAAGGUUUUCAUAUUAAUAUCAUGUAUAAGCAUAUCGCUUAAACUGUAUUUGAAGCUAUGCAAUUUUUACUGUAGUAUUAAACCUUGCUGAAUUUUCACUAAUUAA